AAUUUUUUGUUUUCACUUCACCACAUUAGCCAGUAGUAAAUAAAACUUAAUUAUGCCUCCAAAGAAACAAAAAGACAAUGACAAAAAGGACGAGCAAGAGUGUUACAAUACAAUUGGUCCUGGUCCUAUAAAAUAUGUUCUGCCUCCGGUGAUAGGUGCAAUACACAAAGGACCUCAACAUGACUUUACCAGAUACAAAUAUCCCGCUUGGACAAUGCGCCCAAACAGUUCGCUCGGCAAACCAUUUUUAACGCCGGGGCCUGGCAAUGAAAAUAAGUUGAAAAAAGUUAAUCCGCCGGCAUAUUCGAUUAAAUCGAGACACCCUGAGAAAAUCAAUAGUUUUAAAAAUCAAAAGAUGAUUAACCUGAGGGAUACGUCUAAAACACCGGCCCCAAUUUGGACAAUGCAUAUAAAACCCCCAAAAUUGACUGCAAUGAAGAUUCCUGCACCUAAUGCUUAUCUUUUGCCAUCAACGCUUAAGAUAAAACACUAUGAAUUAAAGGGAAAAUAUCCACUUAGCACACCCCCAAAGCCAAAAUAUCACAAUCCUGUUGACCUUAACAUUUAUAAAAAUAAAGGACCAGCAUACACUAUGAGACCGUUUACCAAAUUAAAGGAACCAUUUAAAACUCCAGGUCCUGGUUCUGCGGAGUUCAAUGCCUGCAAGAAAGUAAAGGGCUUCAGUUUUGGCUUGAAGAGAUGUCCAAGGCCUUACAUCACUGAUGAGGACAAGAUGCCUUGUCAAGAUGUUAGAUAUGUUUAAUUUAAAAUAUGUUUGCUACUGGAUCAUUAGAGCAUUUUUAUUCACCUCAAAUUAAUUAAAAAAUAACAGAAGUGAAGGAUGUGAAAGAACAUUUAUACGAACAGGGAACCAAGAUAUUAUGAAACUGUUCAACAGAUUAAUAAGUCUGCAGCUGAGUCCACAGAUUUUUGUCAUUGCAAGAAACUUUCGUUUCGUUUGGAAGAAAUGUACAAGUCUACAGUGCGAAAGGAAAUAAGCCAUGCCAAAAUGUAUGGAAAAUAUAUACUUUGUAAUUUACUACUGGAUAUCAUUAAAAAGCAGUCACACAUUUUUAUUAAUUGAUAGUAAUAAAGGAAAAAAAUAC